CCCGCACCGCUACGCAACACACCCGAUUACUUUAUGAUAAUUAACAAGUUUCAGAAUGAUACCACGCGUCUUCAAGGCUCGUGGCGCUGUUUUCCGCAUCGGAGGUUUGCACGCAAUGGACGGCUUUUAGUAGUGGUCAUUGUCCUUGGUACCAAGAAAUUGGAAAAAAAAAACCAGGCAUCUAUCUACCCUGACGAUGAACCGCCAUGCAAACCCCUCGUAGCGCGAUACUCCUUGGCGUUAUUGGGCUCUCCGUCGUCUCCUGGCGCUGCCGUCGAUUCGGAAAGACCGCCCGCCUUACGGGUCCAAUCCAACCGCAUAGCAGUCUGGUUACCCUUCCGCCGCGAAACGCGUUCCCACCAUCAAAUAACUCCCAGGACCCGAACAGCGCCGUCUGCCUGCCUCGACCCCGUCGAGAUCCCUGAACGCCGGGCGCUCGAGGCCCCUUACGGGAUCGGGAUGAAAUGUAGAUCGGAUCCCCCCUCCCCGACGAUCUUAUUACCCGCAGCGUUCAGGGUCGCCGGCUAUCUUACGAAAGUAGCGCACGCGUCUAUCGUUCGAAGCGGUUGGGUAUUCGAUAUUCGCGAAGCGUGCGGAGGCUAAACCAGCUAGCCCAACGCGUGGGUGGGAGUAGUAUACAUGUCGCGUCGUGGGAGAAUAGGCGACGGAAUGGCAUUGCGUUCUUCGGUCCCUGCGCCACGCCACACGGGCCGGCGGUGCAAGCUCAGCUUGAGAGGCCUCUUUCCAUGCAUUUCGUGGCUGUCGCCUAUCAUGGGGAUUGAAAAGUCGGUGAGGACCGUCUGCGAUUGGGUGGCACUCAUAGUAAUUGAACAGGGUCGACGGGAGAGACAUCCUCUCAGUGGAGUAAGCAAAUGGAUCCCUCCAAUGCCAAAGGAGUAUCUGUCAUCGAACGUAUAACGAUUGCAGACUGGAUACAUGCCGAAUAGUUCAAAACGUGACAAUGAAGGUCUAUGCAGCAUCGUGAUGAUUUAAUUUAUAUGAUCAAACAAUUACUCUAAA